AUGCCUGUAGCAGUACGUUCAACGUUCAACGGACAAGGUAUCGAAUCAAGCAAGAUCAGAUACAAGCUAUUGGAUGUAGAAGAAGUAUUAUCAAAAUUAUCAUUGCCGGAGAAAGUAUCCUUAUUGUCUGGUAAAGAUAAUUGGCAUACGAGAGAUAUACCCAAACUCGGCAUUCCGUCUUUACGUUUAUCGGAUGGACCGAAUGGAUGUCGAGGAACGAAAUUCUUCGAAGGUGUACCUGCAGCCUGUUUCCCUUGUGCAACCGGUCUGGCAAGUUCAUGGGAUGUAGAUUUGGUGAGACGGGUAGGAGUGGCUUUGGGAGAUGAAUGCAGAGCUAAAGGUGUACACGUAUUACUUGCUCCAACGGUUAACAUGCACCGUACCCCCUUGAAUGGUCGAGGGUUUGAGAGUUUCUCUGAAGAUCCAUUACUCAGUGGGAUCCUAGCUGGAGGUUUCAUAAGAGGUUGCCAAAGUACUGGUGUAGCAGCUACGUUGAAGCACCUUAUAUGUAAUGAUCAGGAAACGAAUAGAGUAAGCUUCAUCCUGAUUUCACCUUCUGUACACGGUGUAGAAGCUAAUACUAUACACCACCUGCUCACUGAAGUGGACGAACAAUCUCUACGAGAGAUCUACUUAAAACCAUUCGAAAUUGCAAUUCGAGAAUCGGAUCCUUGGCUGGUCAUGACGAGCUAUAACAGAGUAAACGGUAAACAUGCUUCUGAGACGAAAGGAGUGAUAACGGACUUGUUAAGGAAAGAAUGGGGAUAUGAAGGUAUGGUCAUCUCCGACUGGCAUGGGACAUAUUCGACCGACGAAGCCAUCCAAGCUGGAUUGGACCUCGAGAUGCCCGGUCCAUCUAUCAUACGUGGACCGGCUUUACUGAGAAUGGUAACUUGCGGUAAAGUAAAGGAGUCAGAAAUUGACGAGAGAGCUCGACAGGUGCUUCAUCUGGUCAAUCGAUUGAUACCAUCUGGAAUACCAAGUGAAGCAGAAGAGAAUGAGAAUCCCAGUCCUGCUGUGGAAGUGAUGAGACAAUCUGCAGCGGAUGCUGUGGUUCUCUUGAAAAAUGAUCGCAAAAUUUUACCAUUACCCAAAUCAGGUAAACGAAUAGCGGUGAUUGGACCUAACGCCGAACGAGCCCAGAUAUUCGGUGGUGGUAGUGCCGCACUCAAACCGACAUAUACUGUCAGUCCAUUGGAAGGUAUCAGAGCAGCUGUAGGGGAAGGAUCAGAAGUGGUUUAUGCAAGAGGGUGUGAUGCUCAUAAAUUAACACCUUUGAUCGGUGAAGAACUUCGAAAUCCGAAUGGACAACCUGGAUUCGACAUAACAUUCUAUAACGAACCUUCCUCUUCCCAUUCUCGAAAGGCUAUCCAUCAAUUGUCAACUACCAAUUCGAGCAUGUUCUUCAACGACAACUUACCUGAAAGACUAAAUAGAGCAUGUUAUGCCACUGUCAACGCUACGUUCACUCCUUCCCGUUCGGGAAUUUACGAAUUUGGUGUGGGCGCAUUGGGUAUAUCGGACUUAUACGUUGAUGAUGUUUUGUUGAUUGAUAAUUCCACUUCGCCAAUUCCUGGAGAAUUAUUUUACGGUAAAGGAUCUCGAGAAGAGAUUGGCGAGAUCCACUUGGAAAAUGGGGUUACCUAUGAUAUAAGGGUGGAAUAUGCUUCUCCGUCAGCUUCGACAUCUUUCGUUGGACCUUUAGCGUUAAGCUCAAGAGGUGGAUUGAGAUUCGGUGGAUACCUGAAAUUAUCACCUGAGGAACACAUAUGGGAAGCUGUGGAAUUGGCAAAAUCAGCUGAUAUAGUCGUGUUAGUAGCUGGACUGAAUGCUGAAUUCGAAACGGAAGGAUUCGAUCGUCAAUCAAUGUCACUCCCCCAACCCACCCUAAACCUCAUCGAAACUAUCCUAUCUGUCCGGCAAGAUAGCGUCGUAUGUUUACAAAGUGGUACACCCCUCGAAAUACCGUUCAUCGACCGAACUAGCACAUUAGUCCAUUUCUUCUAUAAUGGGAAUGAAACGGGGAAUGGUCUUUCUGAUGUCUUGUUCGGAGACGUUAACCCUUCUGCGAAAUUACCGUUUACGGUUCCAAGAUUGUUGUCGGAUUUCCAGUCACAUAAGACCGAGAGGAGCUUCCCAGGUGUGGAAGGAAAGGUACAUUACGAUGAAGGUGUCUUUGUUGGAUACAGACAGUUUGCAACGGAUGGUCCGGAAUCCGCUUUCCCAUUCGGUCAUGGAUUGAGUUAUACCACUUUUGCGUAUCAGAAUAUCGUGACUUCUCGGACGACUCUUGAAAUAGAGUCUUCCACAUCAAUCGAAGUAUCCUGUACGAUCAGAAACACCGGUUCAGUAGCUGGAAGGGAGAUUGUCCAACUAUACAUCUCUCCUCCUGAAGGCGAAGAGCAAAGACCUAGAAGGGAAUUGAAAGGGUUCAAGAAGAGCUCUCUAAUCCAACCUGGUGAAGAGCACGAGGUCCAGAUGAAGUUGGAUAAAGAAUCAUUCGCAAUCUGGGAUACGUGGAAGAGUACUUGGAAAGUACCAAAGGGUAAAUAUGAGAUUAUGUUAGCUUCUUCUUCGGAGGACAUUCGUGAUACUAUUACUAUUUCAAUAGAAAGUGAUUUUUCAUUUUAG